GGCGCUGUUGGCGGCGCGCUUGCGACUUAGGGAGCUCUGGUCCUUCCGACACUUGUCGAGGGGAGGGAGGAGCAAGUACUUAGCUUUCGGCAGCACUUCGACUUCUGUGCAGGCCACUCCUCCAAGAGUUAGGCUGUCGGUGAGCGCAGGCUGUGACUCGGGUCCCGGUCUUCACGGUCCCUUCCUAGGAACUGACCUGGAGAGGUGUGGAGGAGGAGAGCGCGAGGCCUGCCGGUCAUCUACCGGGCCCACUCCGGAUUUCCAGGAGGCUCCGGAGAAGCUGUCCUCCUGACGGGUAACGACCCCAACGCUGGCUAUGAAGAGCGACGCCUCGACUUCUGCAGCCCCCUUGAAAGGGCUUGGGGGCCCUUUGCGGAGCAGCGAGCCUGCGCGUGCCCUUCCGGCUGUGUUACCCGCGGUGCACCUGCUGGAGGAGGCGUCCGACCUGCUGGUGGUGCAUCUGGACUUCCCUGCCGCACUAGAGACUUGCGAACGGGCUUGGGAGAGCCUGGCCGAGGAGCCCGCAAGUGGCACCGUUGUGGAGGUGAAAUGCUCCCUGUGUGUUGUGGGGAUCCAGGCUCUGGCAGAAAUGGAUCGGUGGAGAGAAGUCCUGUCCUGGGUCCUCCACUAUUACCAGGAUCCUCAAAAGCUUCCUCCCAAAGUCCUGGAGCUGUGCAUCCUUCUGUACAGCAAAAUGCAAGAGCCUGGAGCUGUGCUGGCUGCAGUUGAUGCGUGGCUCCAAGACCCAGACAACCAGGGCCUUCCUGAGUACGGAUCCCUGGCAGAACUCCAUGUGCUCCGGGUGCUCCUACCCUUGGGUCGUUUGUCAGAGGCUGAGGGACUGGCAGUGGGCUCUGCAGCUUUCGGUGAGGAGCAGCGGGAAGAAGUGCUCCAGGCCAUCCGCACAGCAAGGCAACAGUCCAAGCAGGAGCCCUUGAGUUCUCAGGAGCAACUGAAGCCGAGCCAGGAAGGUUCCUUCUCCCGUAAGUUGAUGUCACUGCUGAGGUUGCUUCACCGGCUCUGGGGCUCUGUGGCGAGCCACCUCCUCUCUCAGCCCUUCAGAAAGAGCCUCCUGGCCGCCUUGAUCCUCUGUCUCCUGGUUCUGCGGUUUGACCCAGCAAGUCCUUCUUCACUGCCCUUCAUCUACCAGCUGGCCCAGCUCUUCCGCCGGAUCCAGAAGGCCACACUCUCUCGGCUCUACCCACUUGCCUUCCGUGACUGAGUGGUCCUACCUGGCUGCCUUGUCUCUUACUGUUCACAUCUACAGAAGCAGAAGAGUCGAGUCCAGUGACCGAGCCCCAGAUGGCACUGUGGGAGUAGGGCCACCUCUUUCUAGAAAGAGUGAGGAGGCAGGUGAGCUGUGGCUUACCGCCUCUGAGCCCUCCCUUUGGCAUCCCACCGCGCUGGCCUCAAAGGGAGUGUGGAAAUAGUGGCGCCUGAGGCCCAGCUACAGAACAGAGGUCUGGCUGCCCGGAACAGUUCUCUUACUUCUUCCUGCAACUGCUCCUCAGAAAGAAGGGGUCCCGGAGCAGGGAACAUUCUGUCUUAUUGACAGAGGCAGAGGAUGACUUUCCAGGUUAGGGUACUAAGGGAGUUCAGAGUUCACAGGCAUCUGGUGGAAAAGCCUUCUGCUUCUGAAAAACGUAGCUCUGAGAAUUGCUCGCCAGAGCAGUGAAACCAGAGAUGUAUCUUCUCUCCCAUGCUCCUCCCACAGAUCCACCCCCACCUCCCACCCCUUCCUCCCCCACUGGUCCUGCAGUCCGGUGAGAGAGGCUUCUAGAAGCUUGAGGCUUUUUGCCCAUCAGGCAGAAUGUGGCUUUUGACCCACCCGGGUGACCACUGGGAGCAAAGUGAGCCUGCCCGACCUUAUCUCCGGGGAAUGUGAUCUUUCUUGGUGCCUCAUAGUCUUAGCUCAGUUUUCCAGUGUGCCAGGGCCCAAGCCUAGCUCUCUUGUGGACCCACUGGCUUCCCACUGUACCCCAUCACCUUCGGCCUGUCUAGCUCACUUCGUCUCUUCACUAUUUCCCCUCGGGGCACAGGGUGGCAGGUCCCCUCUCUGUGCCCUGUUGUCCUAGCUGUGGUCUGUUGUUUGUGUUGUGCCCAAGUUUCUUUGCUCGUGUGGCAUGAAAAGUAGGCCAGGCUCAGAGCUGAGCGCUGAAAAUGGAACUGGGUAAUCAGGUGAGCUGGAAGAGCUAUGGGGGCCGGGCCAGGGGGCUGGUGGGGGCCGAAGGGACAAACCUCGGGUAGGAGGCAUUUCUUUGAUGACCACAGAGGUCUCAUGUGUUCCUGUGUGAGUACAUGCAGCCACCCACACCGGAUCUCUGUUGAGUGGAUGACGAGAAUGCAGGGAGGGUUGCUAGCUCAUUGCUGGUUGAUUUUUUUUUUUUAGGAAUCACGAGUCAACAGCUUUUCCUUAGAAGAAGAAACUUCACAGUUAGAAUUCAUCUGCAUCCUGAUGUCUUGGGAACCAUGAUAGCCUUUCCCUGUCAUUUUGUGGAUGACUCUUAAGUAGACCCUAGAUCGCUGGGGAGAGAAAAGGAUUCAGAAGAGUUGAAAGCCCUUGGCAAUGAUUCCUCUCUUAUGGCUUUUGAGAUGUGAGUUUCACUAUUAUUGCCCAACUUGGCCCAGAACCCCAGGGCUUGAGCAGUGGACUCCACCCACCAUCUUCUUGAAUAUCUGUGACUCAUGAGCCUUAUGAGAAUGAUUUUGAAAUGAGAAUCUGGACAUUGACUGCCCUAGAAAAACCUCCUUAAUGGCUUCCAUGGCCCACAGGAUACAAAUCCAUAUUCUUCUUAAAUGGAAACUUAGGCCCCAUGUUAGUGGAUUUGGCGGCACCUCCUUUGCUGUGUUACUUUGAUUCCUGGGUAUGCUGCAUCCUAGCUGCCAGGUCCCCCUCAGGCCUCGCCACUGUGGCUUUGCUGAUACUGCUGGAGGGUCUUAUAGCAGCUCUGCCGCAGGAGACCCUUGGCUUUUCAGGCCUGCUCAGUUCCCAGCCCCAUCUCAUGCCCCUCCUGCCGUGGUGACUUUGAUAGUGGUGGGGUUGUUCGCCUCUAUCAGUGCUGUGAGCUCUGGAAGCUGCAGAGCAAGGCUCGCAUUCCUGCUCCGCUGUGUGGGUGACUGUUAGGCAGAGGUCAGCCGUCUCAUCUCUUAGGGGCUCACACAUGACUCAACGGGCAUGUUAGAAGCUUUUGGCACUUCUUUUGUCUCGAGGAAGCGUUCUUGCCAGAGGUGGCUGAGCUGAGGCCCAGGUGGCAUGCUCAGAGGGGUGGAUGAGCGGGCGUCCGAAGAGGGCAUGUGCACCUGGCACAGGUGCUGUCCUGUGCUGUGAAACCCUGGGCACACAGGCUUGAUUGUGCCCCCCUGUCCGUCUGCUCUCCCUGGUGUUCCUCACUGUUCUGCUGGGGGCCUGUGGGGCUCUGGCUAUUGUCCUGAUUGCUACAGGCCUGUCUGUAUCCAGCCCUAACCAGCUGCCUGUCAGGUGAGGAACUUGCAACCCAAAGCACUGCUGUUACUUUGGCCUUUCCAAGGAUGUGGGCUGGGCCUCAGCUCUGGGCUGAACGAGGUCAAAGUGAAGGGCGAGCUUUCUUGGUAGACCAGUACAGUAGCCAUCAGCCAAAGGUGGCUUUUGAGCAUGAAAUGUGGUUCAUUUUGUGGACACAUUCUGUAAUUAUAAAACAUACACAUUAGAUUUCAAAGACCAACUACUAAAACAAAAA